GUGUUGUUCAAACGUAAUGAGUCAAAUAAUUUUUAAGUUUUAUUAUAAAUAUUUAUAUAUUCCUCCACUCUUAAAUUAAUAUUAGAACUUUAUUUGGGUCAACCCCAACGUUUGUUUUCUUACCAGCCUUACUACAAUAUUGCUAUGAAAGCAAUGUGGAUGGAUUCCAAUUGGGGCAAAUGCAUGGGAUUUUUUUAGACUACAAGGUGUAAUCAGGCAAUCUGAUGAAAAGUGAGAACCAGCCUGGGAGCCACUUGGACAUGUGAAAUACCAGAGGUUAAAAUAUGCGUGAAACACAACAUCCACCAAUAUAUCUUAUUUUUUCCAAUGAAUUCAUUCAAAAACAUAUAGAAAAUGCAAAGACAAAAGAUUUUUGUAAACCAACCAAUAGAGUACAACAAAAAAUUCGAGUUGGUCAGGCUCCAAUCCUUCACCUCAUCCACACAAAUGAUCAGAUGAUCACCCAAGAGAAAGGAGGGAAAAUUAAAAUUUUUGAUCUAACAAACUCUGGUUAUGAAGAACAUUGUCUCAUUGAUAUUGAUUACAAUGGUUUUUGUCGCUUUGAGGCCAACACAAAACUCAAAACUUUAUAUGUACCUGACAGAGAAUCCACAAUAUCUGUAUACAAUUUUUCUGGUGAAAGUAUUGGAUCACUGAAACCAGAAAGUCCUGAACCAAAGUUAGGGGAUCCAAUGUGUAUGAGGUUUGUUGAAUUUCCCUCCAACAAACCCUGUCUAUUAGCCGGCUAUGAGGCUGGAUGGCUUCUCCUUUGGGAUCUCACUACUAGUCAAUGCAUUGGCAAACUGCAGACAAAAGAAUGCCCAAUGUCAGUGGAUUUCCAUAUCGAACAGCAAAGAGGUAUUAUUGGCAAUGCCUCUGAUGUUUUACAAGUAUUUAGUAUAGGAAGAAAAGACUUAAACUUGGCCCAUGGUACUGACAUUACCAUCAAGAAUCCAGGAAUAAAUAAAAUUCAGACUCGAUCAGAUGGCAAAGUAUUUGUAUCAGGAGGAUGGGAUGGCCAUAUAAGAAUAUUCUCUUGGUUUUCUCUGAGACCACUCGUUGUUCUAACUGAACACAAUAGAGCUAUCCAAGAUGUUGUUUAUUCGGAACAGAAGGUAUCUAUGUGGAACGCUAACAUAAUGGCCGCCGGUGGCCUUGAUGGUGCUAUAACUUUGUGGGAUUUAUAUAAUAACAAAAAGCAAUAAGCAGCUUUAAAAAAAUAAAACAUCCAUGAAUUUCUAGUUAUUUCGAUUGGAGAUAUAAAUAUGUUAUGUUUAUGCUGAUUUAGUUAACAAGAAUUCUACAUUAUUUUUCACCUUCAAUCAUUUAACUACCGGUAUUUUUUUUUAUUAAUGUUAUUGCAAACAGAUUUGCGGCCAAGUUAUUGAAUAGAUUAAGUAUAAAUGAUAUUCAUGACAUACCAAAUAGUAAUUUCCACAGUUUUAUUAAUGAUUGCAAAAUUAAAUUUAUUAUAUCACCAUAA